GGUCCACUAGUGCAUUUAGCUGUGCGAUAUCAGUGCUACAACUUGGCGAGCCAGCCAGGAGUGGCUUAAAGCAUUUGAAACUAGAAACCAGAGACCAAAUAAUAUUAUUAUCGCUUAAAAAAAAAAAGAAAAAAGAAAAAAUGGAUGUCAUUCAAACCAGUAGUGUAAAAAUCCCUAACUCAGUCAUAGUUAGCGGAAUAACUGAUACAGAAACUGAUGAUGAACUAAAUGACUUCCUGAAACAAUAUGGUCCCAUUCAAAGGAUAAUUCCAGUAGAUCUCACCGAACCAGAGUCAGACAAGCAGGUUAUUGUAGAGUAUACGUAUGGUGUAGCUAUGCAAUCUCUUUUACCUUCAUUACCAUACAGGCUUAACAGUAAGACUAAGAUUGAUGUCACCUACCACAUUAGAGCCUUAGCCAAUGUUUACACACCGGUAGCUAGCAAAACAGCUACACAGACUUACCUUUCAGAGUUAAAGGACAUUGCAAAACAGACCGGUAAAGACUUUGCAGCUGUCCUCAGAGAGGAGCUCUCCCUCAUCAGUGAGACUGUUGAUCUAGAUCACUCAGAGUCCCAAGAUGAAGAUGCAGAGCAGAAUUUACCUGAUACCCCAGAGCGAUAUGCCCCCGUAACUGCUGCACAUGUAGGCCUCCUGCCUAGAAUGGCCCCGCAGCAGUACGUUCAGCAUCAUUGCUCCCCACCAUCGACACUAUCUCAGGAAAAGGCACAAUCUGCUCUGAAACUCUCUGACGUCAAUCCACCUGAUAUACAAAAAGUAAUUGUUGAGCACAUAGUGAGAAAUGAAGACUCUGCUCUGCAGAUGCACACUUCCUUGAGACUCAGACCCUUCUCUGGGCGUGUUCCAUGCCCCAACAGCGAAGUGGAUUAUGAGACAUGGCGCUCCUGUGUGGAACUUCUCCUUAAAGAUAUGACACAGUCUGAACCUUACAAGUCGCGAAAGCUUCUUGGAAGUCUCUUAUCACCCGCCAUUGACAUUGUGAAGCACCUGACACUUGAUUCUCCCCUCAGUGCGUAUUUAGAGAUCUUGGACUCUGCUUUCGGCACAGUCGAGGAUGGAGAUGACCUCUUUGCAAAGUAUCUUAACACAAUGCAGGAUAAUGGUGAGAAACCCUCAGCUUACCUACAACGGCUACAAGUUAUGCUGAGCACCACCCUCAGGAGAGGAGGUGUGACUGCAAGUGACCUUGAUCGGCAUCUUCUCAAGCAGUUUGUCAGAGGCUGUUGGGAUAACAUCUUGAUAGUUGAGCUCCAGUUAGAACAAAAGAAGCAGAAUCCACCUACCUUUGCUGAACUUCUCCUGUUACUCCGUACAGCAGAAGAUAAACGUUCUUCCAAAGCUUCACGCAUGAAACAACACCUCAAUGUUUCAAAACCAAGAGUGUCUUCUCAUUAUCAAGGCGUUUAUGUGCAGAGUGAAGAGGACUGCAGCUCAUCUUUGCCAGCUCCUGGUCACAGGUCUGAAAUCCAAGACUUAAAGAAACAAAUAGCUGACCUACAGUCCCAGCUCACACGCAUCACGCAGAGAGACUGUAGGAAACCUAAAUCAGCGGCCAGACGACUAGCUCCUCAAACAGCUGACACGAAUUCCCCAGCUAUCACUCACACAUCUCAAAGGUUGCAGCCCCAGAGCCAAGAUGCACACAUCAGCAUAAGCAAUAGACCGAGGCCCUGGUAUUGCUUUAGAUGUGGAGAGGAUGGACACAUUAAGCCUCAGUGUGAAAGUGAACCGAACCCAUCUCUGGUGGCUGAGAAGAGGAAGCAACUAAAAGAAAAGCAGUUAGCAUGGGACAGACAACAUGGCACUUCAAAGCCUGAUCCUUUAAACUAA